GACGCAUGCGUAGCGAAGAUGGCGAAUGACAAGGGUACUGUUGGCAAACUGAAGGAUCUGGCACAGCUGAAGGAUCAACUGGAAAACAUUCAGAAGCGAGUUGAACAGGAGGUGCAGGAAGGCAUACCACAGGGUGGAUCUUUACUGGCCUCUCCAUUUCUCAAAGGGUUCCUUGCUGGUUAUGUUGUAGCUAAGCUGCGUGCCUCUGCAGUUCUGGGUGUUAUGUUUGGAGUGUGCACUGGAAUUUAUGCUGCACAGACCUAUGAUGUCCCCAAUAUUGAAAAUACCAUCAAGGACUACUUCAGCUCCUUAAAAAAAGGACCAAAAUAAGGGAGCAAAGUG